GGAUCCUGUUUGUCUUCAGCCCAACGCAUCCAACGCGGACCAUUUUAGCGUUAGCGGAAAACUAUCGCCGAAUUCAAAUCGCUGGAUGAUCCUCGCUUGAUCACACCAGUUCUCGCCGACAAAACGGCUGGAGAACGACCAAACAGAAAAUUGCGCAAAGAGAGAAUAAUUGCGCGGUGGAGACAGCAGUAAACCGCCACAGCUUGUGUUCUGUUCCCCUUUCUUUUUUACUACUAAAUUUCCUCGGGUGUGAAGAUGAGGUUGACCAACAGCAGACGGUGCUCAACUGUGGAUGGGGAUGGGAAGGAGCUGGCUCCCCCGUUUAGAAACCCCUUUGUGCAUGACUUGCGAUUCACCCCGCUACAGAAAGUCAAGAUUGCCGUCAUGUCGGUGACGCUGUUCCCCAUCCGCCUUUUUUUCGCCGCGUUCAUGAUGUUGCUGGCCUGGCCCUUCGCCUUCGUGGCCACCGUGGGGCGCUCCGAGCAGGUGGUGGAGCCGCUGUGCUGGUGGAGAAGGUUGGUGGACCUGGCGCUCAAAGCCAUAAUGCGGGCGAUGUGGUUCGCCGGCGGCUUCCACUGGAUCACGGUGAAGGGGCGGCAGGCCCUGCCCUCCGAGGCGCCCAUUCUCACCCUGGCGCCUCACUCCUCCUACUUCGACGCCAUCCCCGUCACCAUGACGAUGGCGUCCAUCGUGAUGAAGGCCGAGAGCAAGGACAUCCCGGUGUGGGGCACACUGAUCAAGUUCAUCCGCCCUGUGUUUGUGUCACGGUCGGACCAGGAUUCCCGCAGGAAGACCGUGGAGGAGAUCAAGCGGCGGGCGCACUCGGGAGGGGAGUGGCCUCAGAUAAUGAUAUUCCCAGAGGGGACAUGCACCAACAGAUCCUGUCUGAUCACAUUUAAGCCUGGAGCCUUCAUUCCGGCUGUGCCGGUACAGCCUGUGGUGCUUCGCUACCCCAACGAAAUGGAUACAAUCACAUGGACAUGGCAAGGCCCUGGAGCGUUCAAAAUACUGUGGCUCACGCUUUGUCAGCUGCACAACGUGGUGGAAAUAGAGUUCCUACCUAUCUACACCCCGUCUGAAGAGGAGAAAAAGAACCCUGCUCUGUUUGCAAACAACGUGAGGCGUCUGAUGGCCAAGGCUCUGGAGGUUCCUGUCACAGAUUACUCGUUUGAGGACUGCCAGCUCACCAUGGCCGAGGGCCAGCUGCGUCUCCCUGUCGACACGUGUCUCCUGGAGUUCGCCAAGCUCGUCCGCAGAUUGGGUUUGAAACCGAGGAAAAGCGAGGAUGCCCUGCAGGAGCAUGGGAGUAGGGCAAGGAAGCUGCGGGGUGAGAAGAUGACCCUGGAGGGCUUCGCCCAGUAUCUCAACCUCACCGCGUCAGACACACUCAGAGACAUGUUCUCUCUGUUUGACGAGCACGAGGACGGCACAAUGGACAUCAGAGAGUAUGUGAUCGCCUUAUCCGUUGUAUGCAGACCCUCAAAAACUCUGGAGACAAUAAAACUGGCCUUCACAAUGUUCGAGGCAGAGGAAGAUGGGGCCAUCGUGGAGGAUGAGCUGGCCUGCAUAUUGAAAACGGCCCUCGGAGUCCCGGAGCUGAAUGUAACAGAUCUGUUCUGUGCUGUCGACAUCAAUGACAAAGGAAAGAUCACCUUUGAGGCCCUCAGAAGCUUUGCGGAGCAGCACCCGGACUUCGCCGAGCAGUACCUGUACCCCCACCAGGCGGGCUUCCGGAACGGCGCGCGGACCCCCUCCACCGCCGUGUCCAACGGCUUCUGCACGGACUUCACCCCCGACGAGCACAUCAGCCUGGGGGACGCGGCGCGGAAGAAAGCCGACUAAACACCCGUCGGCGGGGAGUGGCCAGGCUAGAGGGAACGUGGCCUGCGCUGAAGGUGUGGCUUGCAGACGGUUUAGCCAAUCGGGAUCAUGCUUACCC